AUGGCCCCUCUCAAGGCUGGAGACUCUUUCCCCGCAGAUGUCAAGUUUUCAUACAUUCCUUGGAGCGAAGAGAAGGGGGAUAUCACUGCAUGCGGUAUUCCCCAGACAUACGACGCAUCGAAGGAGUGGGCAGAUAAAAAAGUUGUCCUGUUUGCUGUUCCUGGUGCAUUCACACCCAGCUGUUCCGCAAGCCAUCUCCCCGGUUAUAUUAAGAACCUGCAAAAUCUCAGAGCCAAAGGCGUCGAUGUUGUUGCCGUCCUUGCCUCCAACGAUGCUUUCGUGAUGAGCGCAUGGGGAAAAGCGAAUAUGGUAACCGGCAAUGAUAUUCUCUUCCUAAGCGAUCCAGAUGCGGGGUUCUCCAAGAGCAUUGGCUGGACCAUGGGCGAACGGACUGCUCGGUAUGCCCUCAUUAUUGACCAUGGGAAAGUGAUUUAUGCUGAGAAAGAGCCUGGGCGGGACGUAACGGUCUCGAGUGCUGAAGCAGUCCUAUACAAGCUAUAA